GGAGAAGAGUCGCAACGCCCCACGCGUCCAGACGCAGCGUGAACCCUGAGCGGACCCGCUGAGUGCCCGGGACCCUCGGCGAGCGGCCCGCCGGGCCCCGCCGCUCCUCCCAACCUCCUCUAUCCCGGAAGUCGCUGCCCAGCGCCUGAUCGCGUGGGCUCGUUAGGAGUGUCGCCUGACAGAUCCGGACUGUCGGGGCUCGCGAAAGGAUCAAGAUGCCUUUGGCUAGAGAUUUACUACAUCCGUCCUUGGAAGAGGAAAAGAAAAAACAUAAAAAGAAACGGCUAGUUCAAAGUCCAAAUUCUUACUUCAUGGAUGUAAAAUGUCCAGGCUGCUACAAGAUCACUACGGUCUUCAGUCAUGCUCAGACAGUGGUUCUGUGUGUCGGGUGUUCAACAGUGCUGUGCCAGCCAACUGGGGGAAAGGCCAGACUCACAGAAGGUUGUUCAUUUAGAAGAAAGCAACACUAAUGAUCUACGCAACUUGCUAAAUUUGUUGUUUUCUCACAGAAAGCCUUAUCAUAAGUUCAGUAAUUCUAGUUAAUCUGCCAAGAUAAUGUAAUUAUGUUUGAUUUUGUAAGGUAUACAACAAUGAUAUCCUAUUUUGGUGUCAGUUUUUCAAUAAAGUUUUGAUUAUGACUAAA